GACUGCUGUCACACGCGCUCCGAGCUCCGGUUCCGCUCUGCCCUCUCCGGCGCGCACGGGUCCCUGGCACACGCUCGCGCUCUCCGGGCUUGAGUCCCGGCCCUCCUUGGCAGCGACACGUCCCGGUCGCUGAAGCCAGCAAUCCCUCCAGUCCCCAACAGGCAGGUUACAUGGCUCCCGAGGUCACCUGCCCGUGGAGGAACCACUUGUCUCGCUUCCAGAUGAGGACCUGGAUCGAACCGGUGGUGGCCUCGACCCAGGUGGCCUCCUCACUCUACGACGCAGGGCUCCUCCUGGUGGUGAAGGCCUCCUUUGGGGGCGGAGGCGCGGCGAACCACAGCUCGGGCGCAUCGCCAAGGGACACUCAGGAGGACCACCAGCAGACUGCCAUCUCCAACUUCUACAUCGUGUACAACCUGGUGGUGGGCCUGACGCCUCUGCUGUCCGCCUACGGCCUGGGCUGGCUCAGCGACCGCUCGAACCGCAAGAUCUCCAUCUGCGUGUCGCUGCUGGGCUUCCUGCUCUCGCGCCUCGGGCUGCUGCUCAAGGUGCUGCUGGACUGGCCGGUGCAGGUGCUGUACGGGGCGGCGGCGCUCAGUGGGCUGUGCGGCGGCUUCUCGGCCUUCUGGUCCGGGGUCAUGGCGCUGGGCUCCCUGGGUUCCUCCGAGGGCCACCGCUCCUUGCGUCUCAUCCUCAUUGAUCUCAUCUUGGGCUUGGCCGGGUUCUGUGGCAGCAUGGCCUCUGGACAUCUCUUCAAGCAGAUUGCUGGGCACGCAGGGCAGGGGCUGGUGCUGACAGCCUGCAGCGUGAGCUGUGCCAUCUUUGCCCUGCUCUACAGCCUCUUGGUGCUCAAGGUCCCUGAGCCGGUGGCCAAACCCAGCAAGGUGCUCCCCACGGUGGAUACCGUGUCUGGGACAGUGGGCACCUACCGCACCCUGGAUCCGGAUCAGCUGGACAGGCAGAGCGUAGUGGGGCACUCUCCCCCACUGGAGAAAGCAAAGCCCCAAAAAACCAUUAUAGCCCUGCUUUUUGUGGGUGCCAUCAUCUAUGACCUGGCGGUGGUGGGCACUGUGGACGUGAUGCCCCUCUUUGUGCUGAGGGAGCCUCUGAGUUGGAACCAAGUGCAGGUGGGCUAUGGCAUGGCUGCUGGGUACACCAUCUUCAUCACCAGCUUCCUGGGCGUCCUGGUCUUUUCCCGCUGCUUCCGGGACACCACAAUGAUCAUGAUUGGCAUGGUCUCCUUUGCAUCUGGAUCCCUUCUCAUGGCCUUUGUGAAAGAGACAUACAUGUUCUACAUUGCUCGAGCCAUCAUGAUGUUCGCUCUCAUCCCCAUCACCACCAUCCGAUCAGCCAUGUCCAAACUCAUAAAGGGCUCCUCUUACGGAAAGGUGUUCGUCAUACUGCAGCUGUCGCUGGCUCUGACAGGGGUAGUGACAUCCACGGUGUAUAACAAGAUCUAUCAGCUCACCAUGGACAAGUUCGUGGGCACCUGCUUUGCGCUCUCCUCCUUUCUGUCCUUCCUGGCCAUUGUCCCGAUUGGAAUCGUGGCCUACAAACAAGCCUCACAGUUGCAAUAUGCAGACAUCCCAGAGAAAUGAAGGUGGUGACCUGUGGGAGCUGAAAAUGCCAGCAACGGCCAGGUCUCCUUGAAGACCAAGAAAAUGGAGAACUGGUGAUCCAAGCAACCCACCGCCCAAGAAACCCAAGUUCCAGCUGGAGACCUCAGAAUGACCUACUCUAGCUCAGGGUCCCUGGUGGGUGGGGGAAAGCACUUUCUUGGUGGUGGCAGAUGCCCCGAUUAGGCAAGAGGUUGGGUUCUGCAGACAGAAGAGUGGAAACUUUCAGGGCUGAUAGACUGGCUGCACGCACAGCCACCCCAGGUGCCAGAGAGCUUCAGACUCCGGCUGCAGCCAGCCAGCCCCUUCUCUUUCAGGGAUCAUCUCGAGGGCUCCAAGGUAUGGCCACCUGGGUGCUGUGCUUCAAGUCCCUUGGGAGGAUUCAAACCAAUGCAUGCAUUUUCAACAGCCUGAGUGGGAUAGGGAAGGAAUUUUUUUGUAAGAGUUGCCAAUAGUUUUGUAUGACCAACAGAAC